AUGAGAAGGACUGGAGCAAGUGACUGGUCCGCCAUCUUGGACAGAACAAACAUGGCAGAGACAACACAAAUGUUGUCAUUUCAUGAGCUUUUUUUUAAUGUAGACAAUGGAUAUCUUGAAGGAUUGGUCAGGGGAUUUAGAUCAGGGGUCCUAACUCAAAGUGAUUACCUUAAUUUAUCGCAGUGCGAGACCUUAGAAGGCAAGUGAUGUCCAUGUUUAAAAUUAGCUCUCUUGUGAUCGGAGUUCCUGCUUUUAGUUAAUGAUUAUGAUUAUUUGGUUCUCUUUAUUCUUAAAACAUCAAAAUGUUUAGAAUUUAAUCUAGUACUUUUUAUCGAAAUAUGUCUCAAGACCAGCUACGGCUACAUUUCUCAAAUGCCAUGUCCUUCAUACAUGUCCUUCAAUUCCGAUUAGUUUUACUUCUGUCAUGAAAAAUAGAUUAGUUCGGGUGAUUUUCUGAAAUCAGAUCACCUUUGUAAAGAAUAAUAUUUUGGAUUAAAACUCAACCUUUCUUUCCAUCCUUUAAUAUUUGUAGAAUGUUUUCACUUGACUUUGUAUGAUGCUCUAAACAUCUUUGUUGUUGUAUCAUUGAUUAUUAUUGUUAUUAUUAUUAUUAUUAUAAUUAUUGUUGUUGUCAUCAUUAUUAACAUUAUUAUCAUGGAUGUCUUUAUGUAAAGACGUGUUAUUGACAACACCUUCAACUGGAUCAUAUGCACAAUGGUAACUCUAAAAUUAAGACUGCACUCCUUUUUGUCAUGUUUCAGACUUAAAACUUCACUUACAGAGUACAGAUUAUGGAAAUUUCCUUCAAAAUGAAGCUGGUCCCUUGAAUGUGUCAGUAAUUGAUGACAGACUCAGAGAGAAGUUGGUUACUGAAUUUAGACAUCUUCGUAAUCAAGCUUUGGAACCGAUGGGAACUUUUAUGGAUUUUAUUACGUAAGUAGAGCAGACCAAGACUUAAAUGAGAAAAUCAGGUAGCCCCAAGGCAAGAUGUUGCUUUAGUGUACUCAGCUUGCGAUCUGAGCUGCUUGCCCAAAAUUUAGUUAUUUUGCUAUAAAAUCAUUUGCCUAUCAUUAGGCAGCUUCAGUGCGAUGAAGCUUGUCUCCCUUCCCUGAGAGUAGGGGGUGCUUCGGUGCUGGAGGUCUUGACUUCAAUCCCUGGUGGCAUCAUGUCUUUGUUUCAAUUUCUUUCCAUUCUGCGUAGCCUUAAAUGAGGCUAAAUGCAAUUUGGGUGAAGUUAAAUGGGUUGUCUCAUGAGCUGUGCAUGCUCAGGAAAUCACUGUCAAAACUGCUCUUCCUGCUCUGUAAUUGUAUUUAGUGAAAAAGGCGUCGGUAGGCAACACACGACUUUUUCUUCUGCCAAAAUGCUGCUUGUUCCAGUAAGUGUUCUUUCUCUAGAGGGUAGAUUAUACUCUGGAGGUUCUAAAUUUUUACUGAGCAAAUUAAUAUGUUUAAUAUAUUUGCCACUUGUUUCACACUGAGAGGUCAUGACAAGCAUAUUGAUUUUCUCCUGUGGUUUUUGUUUAUGGAUUUGCCCUCUGAUGCAAGAGCAUUUUCUUUGACCUCUUUUGAAAUGUAAAGCUCUCUUUUGCAGCUAAAUAAGGGUUUUCCAUUCUUUAAUUUUCUCCAAAUUGUCCUCUAGAUCUGAAUAUGUUAUGUACUUGUGUUGCUCUUGACACCACCAUCGUCUAGGGCACCUACACCCAACCUCAUCUAUUGUUGAUGAGUUUAAGCACCUUUAAAUAUACUUACUGAACAGAGCACUGAUGGAGCAGGGGGUAAAAUGAGUGCACCGUCGACCUCAAGUUUAUUGACAGUUGAAUUACUGUCAUAAGUUAUUGACAUAAAAUAUGGUUGCCAUAUCUUUACCUUUAGGUUUGACUGUACCAUGUUUUAUUGCAUGAAGGUUUAGGUUCAUGAAUUUAAUGGUAUGAGAAAUCUGUUUGUAAACUGGCCGAUAUUCUUUUGAUAAUUUUGGAGUACGGACAGAGUCCUAUCAUCCUCAGUGUUUGCCAUACAAAAAGUCUUUCAAAUUGUUUACACAGACUAACUAUAGUUCAUUGACUUUAUCAUUGUAGCUAUAGUUACAUGAUUGAUAAUAUCAUCCUGUUGAUCACUGGAACUUUGCAUCAGCGACCAAUCACAGAGCUAGUUCCCAAGUGUCAUCCUCUUGGUAGCUUUGAGGAGAUGGCUUCCAUAAACAUUGCCUCCACACCAGCUGAACUCUACAAUGCCGUCAUGAUUGACACUCCUCUAGGUUGGUCAAAACAUUGUUACUUUACCAUUAAGCUGCAUUUUUUGUGACAAGUAUUUCCUUUUCAGUGAAAACUUGCCCCUGUAAAAGCACCUUUAAACACCAGGCCACAGUUGUUCAAUCAUUGGAUAGUGCUAUCCAUCAGAUAUAUCACUAUUGCAAUUGGUUUCCCUAAUACUUACCCACUAGAUAGUGAUUUAUCUGAUGGAUAGCUCUAUCCAAUGAUUGAACAACCCCGGGCCAGGUGUCUAUCUCACAUUUCUAUAUUUUACAUUUUGUUGAAAGUUUAUUUUCAUUUACUUUGAACUCAUUAUUAUGUCACCAUGUGAUGCUGUUUUUUAUACAUUUUCCUUUGUCAUCUUGUUGUAUAAUUUUAUUAUGGAUCCUUCCUCUUUCAAAACAGAGAAUAAAAAAUAAUGUUACAACAAAAUAUGUGAGGGCCUGUGCCAAGUCAUUGUAUUUAGAAAAUUGCUAACUCUUACUUUUUUUUAUAGCCCCCUUUUUUGUGGAAUGCAUAUCAGAGCAGGACUUAGAUGAGAUGAACAUUGAAAUUAUAAGAAACACUUUAUACAAGGUAGCUUUGAGUAAUAAUAACAAAAUAAAAUUAUAUCCAUUGUCUUCUGUGGUACAUAAUGUAAACUAGUGGUAACCAUGGAGAUAAGAGGUCAAGUUGCCUGAAAAACAUCUCUUCCCAAGUUAUGACCCCCCAAACCAGAGUUACAUUGUAUGUUGCCUAUUGUUAUGUCACCCAAAAUUUUAUCAGGUGUAAUGCACAGAGAAAUAUGUUUAAGUUAAAGAGUGUGUAAUAUAUUUAGUUCCUUAAACCAGCAUAAGACCAAAUAGGUGGGAAAAAUAAGUAAUACAUGUAUGACGAAAAUAAUUAUAUCUCAUUAUUUAAUCCUUGAGUUCUUGUUGGGAAAUAGAUCUUAUUAAUGAGACUGAAAGUUUAACAUGUGUAAAAUGUACAAAUUAAUUAGUAAUGUUUCUUUUUAUCUUUUACUUGACAGGCUUAUCUUGAAGGGUUUUACAAGUUCUGUGAAGAUUUAGGUGGCACAACAGCAGAUGUGAUGUGUCCCAUCCUUCAGGUAAGUGAUUUUUUUUCUGUUGAGUUGAUUGGUUUGUUGGGCUAUCAGUAAUGUUCAACCUGAUCAUCUUUCAGCGGUGGAUACAAGGGAAACAUGUAUUGUAAUGUUUACGUAGUAAUAACAAUAAUAAUGGGGUUGCCAACUUUCCUCACUUGCAGCAGAUGGUUGAAAUGCAUAGGAACCAGGGGUGAGAUCAGACAUCAGCAAUGCAUAGGAACCAGGGGUGAGAUCAGACAUCAGCAUGUAAAAGUGUAAUAUGCUGCUGCUUUUGUCCAUGUUUGAUCUCACCUUACCCACCCAGACCAAUUAUGGCACAUGUCAGAUAGACCAUGACACUGGGGCCUACACUGUACGUCCGCUACUCUUUCGAACAAUGUCAAAGGUUCUUUUAUGCCCCCUUCCAAUUGAUGUGUAAGGUGGAAGGAGACAAGGCCAACGGCUGAAUGUCACUGCCUUAUGAUGCAAUCAACUGAACUGAUAAUGGGGUUUUAGUCACAGCUAGCAUGAUCCCACCAGUUAUUUAAAGACCUUUGUUGAUGGUCCAGCCGGGCUUUGAAGUCACGGUCUCCCACUCAGCAGACUGGCACUCUUCCAACUGAGCUAACUGGGUACAGUUUAAGCCAAUAUGAUUCUCUUCUUUCUAUCCCUUGGAGCAAAUCAUUUUUAAAACUCUGUACCAUGAUAGAAAAAGAAAGCAACAACACAAAACAAUGUAUUGUAGUUAAUCUAGUAUUUAGCAUUCAAUGCAAACUGUAAGAUAUUCAGGAGCUUGCGAAUCGACGACUUUCGCACGACGCCGCGACUGGGUCACGUCAUAGUUCUGCGUUGUCAUCCUGUAGAAAUUUGAAUUUACGAUUCGUAGUAAAGACGACGACGUUGGUGCGCGAGGCUGGCAAAUUUUCCCACCGUUUCUGAAGUUUGUUUACUUCUUUUCAGAAGUAAGCUUGUUUGUUCAACCAAGAUGUCUAAACUCGUAAGAGAAACAAGAGCUCGUAUUGCAGACGCUUAUGGAGACAGAUUUAUAAAGGACCGAGUAUUUCACUGUAUUUGUGCUUUUAUGCGUUUCGUCAACAAUCUCAGAGUUAACUACAGAUUUAGAUGAGACAACAAAGGACAAAUGCAAGGCUCGUUUAUAUACAGGGAGGGCAUUUUAUAAACUUGCUGAACAGCUGUAGUUACUGUGAUGAGAUAACCACUUGCAAUGGUCUUGUUGUAGCUUUGGUACCAUCUUGCCAAUAUGGUUUCACUCGGUGUUAAUUUAUGUUUGUCUACAGCUAGCUAUGGCGUUGAUUCAUCGGGUCGUUACUUCAAUGAAAACAGACAAACAAAUCGAAAACAUAUGUAAAGAACACGUACCUAAUGUUAUACUUGAAUUAUCUGGAAAAAUCCGUUAUUAGUCUCACGUCCUGCUUUUUCUAGGACGCCGGCGAAUCGCUGUCAACAAUGGCGUUGACUUUGGCGCGAGGCCGGCAAGUGCCCAGAUAAGCAUGCGCAGUAAGCCUCUCACGCAGUCCAAAGGCAUCGUCGUGUGAAAGUCGUCAAUUUGUAAGCUCCCUACUACUGUUGGGAAGAAAAACAGAAAUGAACUUGUAUGGACAAAAAAGAUGUAUUAUGACAAUACUGCUCAUUUUUGUUGUUGGUUUCAGUUUGAAGCCGAUCGUCGUGCUUUCAUCAUCACUAUCAACUCCUUUGGUACUGAACUUGGUAAAGAUGAUCGCAAUAAGCUGUAUCCCAAAUGUGGAAAACUUUAUCCAGAAGGGCUUACAAGACUGGCCAAGGCAGAUGAUUAUGAACAAGUUCGAGCUGUAGCUGACUACUACUCUGUAUGUAGAACUUAACACUUUUGUUAAAUAAAUUAAUAUUACAUUGUAAUUGUUAGCCUCUACAUGUAAACAGUUUUUGUCCAUGAAAAUCGGAUUGGCUACAUGGGCACAUAAAUGGGUCAUUGUGUUAAUCAAAGAUAAGGCUUUUAAAGUGCCUUGGGAGUGAUAAGUUGUUUUGUGAUAGUUUUAUUCAAAGAGCAAUUUUUGACAUUCUUUUAAUUCACUUAAGAACACAUACUUCUUUUGUCGACCGUCAUACCCUUUCUAGUCACUUUUAGAAAGGAAGACUGGUUAGGUAUAAAGUACAACUUACAUAAAUUACUGAAAAAAGUAAACUUCCAUCUGACUUUUAAUGGUGUAUGGUUUUGUUGCAGGAUUAUAAAUCUUUAUUUGAAGGAGCUGGGACAAAUCCUGGUGAAAAGACGCUUGAAGACAAGUUUUUUGAACAUGAGGUUAACAUUAAUUUUUGUUUCUCUUGUGCUUAAAUUUGGCUCAGUUGGCCAGAGGCAGUAUAAUACUGCUUUUUAUUAUGCAGUGUUAUGAAAGGCUUUUGGCAAUACUUUCAGACUGCAAUACUCAGGGUCAGAAUGGGUAGAAAAAGGGGGCGGACAGAAUUUCAGCAAAGUCUGUCUUCUAGAGCCUUACUUUCUAGAUACAAUAAUAUUAUUGCUGUCAUAGUUUUCUGGACCCGCUCUUGGUCAGUGAGACAAACAUACUGAUAAGAAUAUCAGCUUUCCUGAAGGGUAACAAAAAUCUUUCAUAUACGAACCUGUUAUUUUUGCCAGGCUGAAUGGCUUUUGAUACUGAAUGGCUUCUGAUGUUUCUGUGUAUUUAAUUGCCAAAUUAGAGACUUAAGGUCCUCAAUCCACUAGGUUCUUGUAUGUGGUUUUACUGUACCCUAUACCUUCACCCUUUAUUGAUUAGAGUUGUGACAGAAGGCAGUCAUCCUUUUUUUUCAAAUCUUGUAUUGUUUUUUUGCAGGUGAAGAUGAACAUACUGUCAUUUCAGCAGCAGUUCCAUCUGGGAGUAUUUUAUGCCUAUGUCAAACUGAAAGAGCAGGAAUGCAGAAAUAUUGUGUGGAUUGCUGAAUGCAUUGCACAGAAAAAUAAGUCCAAAAUCGACAACUACAUUCCCAUAUUCUAAACUAAUGACAGAGGUAGACUUUGUUGAUUGAAUUUAAAUAUGCAACCAGCUAAUCUGUUUGAGGUUAGGUGGGCGUGAUACUAUAAAGAAAUCAGGAAUGUUAUUUGUGACUGAUUUAGUUGGAAUGGAAAUUUCCUUAAAAUAUUUAAGAAUUGAACUGAAUGUUGUAUGUUACAUGUAAAGUAGAGUCCUUGUACAUGUUGUGAAUGAGGGAUAUAUUUUGUUUACAUUAAUUUUGCUGUAGACAGAGACCUCAUCACUACAUCUUUCCAACAUGAAUGGUAAACAUAACCUAGUGGCCAUGGAUUGGUUCUGGGCAGUUGGUAUGAUUUCCGGCAUUCCAUAGUGACUUGGCACAUACACACCAAAAUUAGGAUUAAUGUAAUUUAUGUCAUAGUCAAGGAUAACUAAGAAAAUAAAUGCCACCACAUAAUAGUGUGGCUUUCUGGGUUGUUAACCUUAUUCUCAUAGUAGCAUGGUACAUUAACCCCGAAAUUAGAAUUUUAUUAAUUUGUAUAGCAGAAUACUUAACAAAAUUAAUAAAUGCCACCAUGUAACAGUAUAGCUUACUGGGUGUGGCUUAAAAGAUUACGCCACAGCUUUUCAGCUUUCGAAGAAUUUUAUUCUCUUUUUCAAGUAAAAUAUCUCAAGCAGUUUUCUUUAGAUUACCAAGCUCAAGGUAGUUAAUUCCGGAAUGUUAUUUUUUUAAUGAUAUUUUGCAGUGUUCACUUAGGUCCUGAUUAUUGUUUUGAUCAUGGGCAUCUUAAUAACUGUUUAUGAUUACACUGGCUCUAGAGGUGGGUCAGCGAAAUACCGUAAAAUUCUGAAAAUAAGCCCCUCUAUGUAUAAGCCCCUCCAAAUAUAAGCCUCCCAAACUCGUAAUGCAAAGAACCUUCUGUUAAAUCGUCCCUCCAAAUAUAAGCCUCCUGGGGGGCUUGUACUUGGAAACUGCCCUCAAAUACAAACUAAAACAAAGCAAAAACAGUAAAUUUCGUUCCAACUACAAGGCUAGCCCAAUCAAUUUUGAACUGCAAAUUUCCCACGUAGCUCCCUCCAAAUAUAAGCUCCUCCAAAAAUGAGCCCCUCAAAAAGGGCCUUUGAAAAUAUAUGCCCUGGGGCUUAUUUUCGGAAUUUUACGGUAUGUGAGAUAAAACAAUCCACAACUUAACUGCUUGCAAACUUGAUUUGCAUUUGAUUUAGAAAGAAACCCUUUGACAUCCUGGGUAGUGUAUGAUUGGAAAAUUAUUAAUACUUAUUAAUUGGAUUGAAACUGUAAUCUAAUCUCCCAAGGCUUACAAAAAGGGAGACAUCGGUAAGAAGGGGUGAGAUCUGGGUAUGAGAUUACUUUUCUUCCUAAUCAGGUGUUGAUCAGUGAUCAUAUUAAUAGUUAUGACACUGAUUUUUUACUGUCAGUUACAAGAUUGUAACACAAUAAAUUUAUGAUUGU